UCGACAGUAUAAUAAUAAAAUCAGAAAAAAAAAAGAAAUAUCGUCAAGAUUACAUUUAAUAAUCCAACCGAACUAAGUAAUUUCUUGAUCGAAAUGGCGGAGGGCGGUAGAGGGGAGGGGCCUAAUCGGAACAGGCCACACCCCCACAACCUGCAGGGGGUCCUGCGAUUGGCUGUCGAGGCCGGCUCUGCUUCGGAAGAACCGCCCUCUUCUGCCCCCAUGUCAGAAGAGAGACGGGCUUGGCUGCAGGAAGUCCUCUCAGAAACAUGCAAAGGUGGGUUUGACGAAGUCCAGCAAAUCAAACAGUGCCUGGCAGUGCUGAGCAGGGAGGGGGCGGGAGAGGAGGAGGAGGGAGAGGAGGAGGAGGAGGAAGUGGAGGGGGCGAAAGAGGAGGCGCUGGACCUGCUGUCUGAUCUCUGUGAAAACCUGGACAACGCCCAAGACUUGAUGAAGCUGGGAGGGCUUGACCUGGCAAUGUCUCGUUGCUUGACAGACCCCAGCUCUGGAAUCCGCUGGCGAGCGGCUCACCUGAUUGGCUCAGCUUGCCAGAACCUGCCAGGGGUGCAGUGCCACCUGCUGACACAGGGGGCGCUGCCGAGGUUACUGUCUCUGGUAGACAAAGAUCCCAGUGAUACAGUGAGGGUCAAAGCAUUGUACGCUGUGUCCUGUUUGGUUCGUGAACUGGAAGUGGGUUUGACUGACUUCCUGUCACACGACGGCUUCUCGGUUCUGAUGCGCGGAAUGCAGUCCGGAUUGGAGAAGCUCAGAACCAAGGCAGCCUUCCUGCUCCAGAACCUUCUGACAUCACAUCCUGAACACCGGGAGACUCUGAUUGCCAUGGGGAUGGUCCAGCAGCUCGUCUCUCUUCUCCGACUGGACCACAGCCCCUUCCACGAGCACGUGCUCGGCGCCCUCUGCAGUCUGGUUAGCGAGGACCCCCGGGGCGUGGCGGAAUGCAGGGACCCCCAUCUGAGGUUGGAGGGGCUUCUGAAGGACCGGGCGAGAGAGCUGAGGGACAGGGUGGAGUGUCAGGAGGAGCUGGAGUUCUGCGAUCGAUUGCUCUGGACUUGCUUCGGACCGCAGCCCGAGGAGAGCGGAAUGGACCGGUGAUUCGCCGAGAAGCUCGUUGGCUCCUGAGUGUUCCGUGCGCUCUGAUUCGUUCACAGAUGCGUCGCUGUUUUGCAUCUUUCAUUAAUUUUUCUUUUCUUUUCAGCAGUGUGUGUUUUUUUUUUUUUGUUGCAAGUUUUUUGAAAAUUUAAUAAAGAGAGAA